GCGGCAGGCAUGCUUUGCGGCAGGCGACUAGUUUGUAGCCAGUCGUUGUGGAUCUGCGGCCUGUGAGACAAGGGCACUUCGGUGGUUCGGCCCGAACUCUAGCGUGUCUGCUUUCCUGGGCCCCUUCACCUACGUAGCCAUUGUCCCCGACGCCUGGAGCUUGCCCCUCUCUCCAGUCAUGCCUUUCUUUGAUGUGCAGAAAAGACUGGGCAUUAGCUUAGAUCGCCACAUGACAAUCCAAAGUUCUGAGCAGCCUUACAAAAUUGCUUCUCGAUGCCAUGCUUUUGAAAAAGAAUGGCUAGAAUGUGCACAUGGAAUUGGUGCUACCCGGGCGGAGAAAGAGUGCAAGAUAGAAUAUGAAGAUUUGGUAGAAUGUUUGCUUCGGCAGAAAACGAUACGACGCAUGAGUAUGAUCAAGCAGCAGCGGGCUAAGCUGAUAAAGGAAGGGACUUAUACCCCUCCACCUCACCACCUGGGCAAGGAGGAGUCUACACCCUGAGCAGGGAAGCUGCUGAUGACAGGAGGCUGCUGUUCAUGCUGUUUUCCACUGGAAAGAUUAUUCACUGCAAACCUCUGUCAGAUGUGUAAAAAUAAAAGAAUAUUCUGCCCUA